UAUUCUGGGAGUGGAACGUGCGACUGAAGUGAAUGAAAACGAGGACUUGAUGAGUGACCUUUGAUCUUUAUAGAACCAUUUCAAUCGUUUGUUGUUGGAUUUCGUUUAUCAUACUUCAUCAGAAAGAGUAUCCGGCUUAAAGUCGAAAUUUCAAAGGAAGCCGUAGGACUGAAGCUCAAGACUGACCGAAGUACGAGAAGAUUUUCAAAGGUCGUUAAAAUCGACCUAAAAUGAGUGGCACAGUGGCUGUCGAAUUAUCAAGCAAUUCUUUGCACACGAGACAGCUGCGUACAACCGGGAAUGGCCUGGAGACUAGCUACGCCUUGUCAAUGAAAAUGCUCUGCACCAACAAACAGCAUCUACAGAAGACUGUGACUAGACUGGAAAAGAUGCAUAGCCCUAUGAAAAAACAACGUGACGAUCUUCUGUUCUUGGUAUCAACAAUGGAAGAAUGGAUCAAAAUAUUGCACGAUUCGGAGAGGGGGCAUAGCGGUGUCCCUGUUUUGCGAUCGGUGAAGGAAGGCUGCGCUGAUAUCACGCCCAGUUUGAAUAGUAACAACAGUGACUUGAAUCAAACUGUACAGCGGCUUAGCAAGGCAAGCGUGCCACGCAUUGCGCAUGUGCAGAAAUGCCUGAAGGAUUUGAAAAAGGAAAUUCGUGACGUGUUCGACAACGAGAAUACAUAUAAUGGCAAGUUUGUUGAAGAUAUGAGAGAAAAAAUGGGAAAUAUCAUUGGUAUAGCCAAUGCAUUACUGGCGCUGUACUAUUCUUAAAAGUCAAGGAAAAAGUAAUGAAUUCUGCUGAAGAGGUUAAGUUAACAAUAUCGUGCCCGAAUAAGUCAGAAAACCCACAAUAAAGAAGGCAUACGAGA